UCAGGGUCUCGUAAAGGAGGAAGAUUAUUUUUUUCCAUAAGUGAGUUUUUGUCGCCUUCCACAAGGAUUUCAAUGUGAUUGUACGCAGUGUUGUAUGGGAGAACUCAUCAUAUCAUAAAUUUCGUUAAGUGUCGGUACUGUUCCGUGACGGCCAUCUUGGUUGUAUACGAAUUCUCGACAUCAUAGUCCAUAACUACAUUGCAGUAUACAUUGCAUGUUCUGAACAAUAGGUAAAUUUUAACUUCACUACAUUAGUGCAUCAUAUAAUUUUGUUCAACAUUCAUCUAUUUACCAUAGUCUACUUAAUACUUCUUACUUUCUCAGAUUCCUACUCUCAACUGUUAUGAACGGUCGUCAGUCAUUUUUCUUGCCGUCUUUAAAUUAAACAAUUAUUACUGCUGUGACCCACGUGUGUUGAACAUUGGUGGCGAACUUGAAAGAUACAGUUGCUGAACAUAUCGGCUGUCAUUAUUGAAACGCUGAAGACAUUAAAAUGUCUAAGCACCGUGAGUGGGAUCCAACUUGCAAAGUAUAUAUUGGUAAUUUGAAGAGCAAUGCUAAUAAAUAUGAAAUUGAAGAUUUGUUUACCAAGUAUGGGCCAUUGAAAAAUAUUUGGAUUGCUAGGAAUCCACCGGGUUUUGCAUUCAUAGAAUAUGAAGAUCCGCGUGAUGCAGAAGAUGCUGUUCGAGGUUUAGAUGGAAC